CGGGUCAAGGCCAUUUAUCAACGUGCCUUCAAUGUUCGCAAUGCAGACUGUGAGGACCAGUGUUUUUGUGCAGCGUUGUGUGCGCAAACUUAGACAUGACAGCAUCGCUAAGAGCGUAUUUAGGUUCAACAAUACGAGUUCCAAUUUACAAAGAACUUGUUUGUACGAUUUCCAUGUUGCCCAAAAUGGGAAAAUGGUUCCGUUUGCUGGCUGGGAGAUGCCAGUGCAGUACAAAGACACUAUAUCAGAGUCUCAUCUGCAUGUGAGGGAAAAUGUUGGCAUUUUUGAUGUUUCCCACAUGCUACAAACAAAAGUAGUUGGCAAAGAUCGUAUUGAGUACAUGGAGUCUCUCGUUCCUGCUGAUGUUCAGGGCAUGAAGGACAACACUGGGACACUGUCAGUAUUUCUGAAUGAAAAGGGUGGAAUUUUGGAUGACUUGAUUGUCACAAAGACGACGGAAGAUUAUCUGUAUGUUGUGUCAAAUGCGGGAUGCAUUGAGAAGGAUUUCUCCAAUAUGCAGAACAGGGCAGAAGCAUGUAGGAAAAAAGGGCUUGAUGUCAAGGUGGAGAAAAUCCAGAAUGCAUUAGUGGCUGUUCAAGGCAGGUGUUAAUUUUUACCAGACUCACUCUGUUUAGCACAGUUCCCAAUAACCAAUGAUACAAUAAAUGUAUCUAGGAUUCCGAACUUAUUGCCCUUGGGAGGCAAAUUGGGAAGCAUUUUUUAUUUUGUUUAAAAUUAGGAUUAUUUUAUGUUCCUAGUUUCAGAGGCAUUUUAACAUUGCAUUGUUACAUUACAGUCAAUACAUUAUGUCAAAUUAAGCCUCUUACACGUUUUUGGUCCUUUUUGGUUAUCAGUUGAAUAUAAGUCGCCUUGUUACAAGUUAUUACCAUAUUUACAUGAACUAGCAACUUAUUUGUUCCCAUUUGACACUUUCUGCAGAUUUAGGGUGGAAUAUUGGCUUCUGAGCACAUCUAGAUACGUACCUGUGGUGUCGUGAAUGCACAAGCCCGCUAUAAGUGUAAAGGGGGGCACGGGUGGCCCAGUCG